AUUUGUGUUCUGCGAAGCCUCCCGAGUAUAACAGUACCCCUCAUGUGCAGGUUUUAUGGUGUUUUCAAAAGUUACAACGUCAAAUAUAUAAGGCUUGCGUUUGUUUUUUUACAUUGAAAUUCAGAUUGGUUACGUUGCCUUUGAGACCGUAUAGUAGCCCAGGAAAGAAAAUUACCCCCAUGAUGACAUACCAUUUGCAAUAGUAGACAACCCAAGAUAUUACAAAAUGGAUAAUUCCAGUCUUUUUUAGUAGCCACAUAGUCACUAACACUGGCCAAAAUUGGUGUUCAAAUAAAAUUUUUUGCAUUUUUCACACACAAACAAAUAUUAACACUAAAUUUGGCCAGUGUUUGUGACUAUGUGGCUACUAAAAAAUACUGGACAUAGCCCAUUUUCAAUACAUUGGGUUGUCUACUAUUGCAAAUGGUAUGCCAUCAUGGGGGUAAUUUUCAUUCCUGGGUUACAAUACGGUCUCAAAGGCAACAUAACCAAUCUGACAUUUCAAUCUGAAAAAACUGAAAAAUGUAACAUGCUAUAUUUGACCCUGUAACUUCCCAAAACACCGUAAAACCUGUACAUAGGGUGUACUGUUUUACACGUGAGACAUCACUGAAUACAAAUAUGUGUAUUUUAUAGCAGUAAAAGCAAUUAUUUUGAAAUGCACAGUUAAAAUGUCAUGCAGAACUAAAACAUUUUUUGUUUCCCGCAUUUUUAAAAAUAUUUUAUUAAUAUUAAGUUAUGUUUCAUACCUAAAUAGUUGAUGUUAAAUGAAAGCCCUGUUCCCCCUGAAUAAAAUGAUAUAUAAUAAGUGUGGGUGCACAUAAUAUGAAAGAGGUGAAUUACGUACAUAGCGCAAAUUCAAGGUUUUGUUUACGUUUUGUGUUGAUCACAACUUGUACAUUUGGCUCAGUCCUUAAGACCGGAGGGCGUACUAUUACGCCCUAUUUUAGGCGGCUCUAAUAGUACGCCCUCCGGUCUUUCUUUACUUACCCGGUCGCUGGUGGUCCCACGCCGGCGAUCGCGGUUGGGGGGACUCCCAGGGAGCCCCCCCCCCAGCACAUCUUCACUCCAGCAGCCCCCCCGGCCAUGUGAGAAUGAGGUCCUUGCGAGGACCUCACAAUCACAUGGCCGGUAUAGCUGGCUGCAACAUUGCCAGCAGGGGGGCUGCCUGUAAUGACAGGUGGUCCCUCUGCUGGCUGGAAAUAAAGUUAAAUAAAAUUAAAGUUUAAAAGUGUAAAAAAAAAAUAAAAAAAAUGAUAUACUUAGAUUAUAUAUAUAUAUAUAUAUAUAUAGUGUGUGUGUAUAAAGUAGUAAGUAAAGUAGAUAAUAUAUUUUGUUCUACGUGUAUUUUGAUAUAAAUAUAUAUUAAUAUCACAAUACAGUUAGAAUGAAAUAACACACAUCUAUAUAUUUAAUUAUUUUUAAUUUUAUUUUUUAACGUAUUUACAUAUUUUGUUUUAUAUUAUAUAUAUAUAUAUAUAUAUAUAUAUAUAUAUAAUAUAUAGAACAAUAAUUACAUAUAUUUAAUCAGUAUCAGUCUGCGUGUAAUUUAUAGAACAAUAAUUACAUAUAUUUAAUCAGUAUCAGUCUACGUGUAAUUUGAUAUAUAUAUAUAUAUAUAUAUAUAUAUAUAUAUAUAUUUAUAUUUAUUAAUGGUAAAAUACACCUAGACAGUAUAUGUAUGUGUGUAUGUAUAUGUGUAUACAUAUACUGUCUAGGUGUAUUUUACUAUUUAUAUAUUAAUAUCAAAUUACAAGUAAAUACGUUAAAAAAUUAAAUUUAAAAAAUAAUUAAAAAUAAAUAUAUAGAUGUGUUAUUUCGUUCUAACUGUAUUGUGAUAUUAAUAUAUAUAUUUAUAUCAAAAUACACAUAGAACGAAAUAAUAUAUACCUAUAUAUAAAUAAAAAUAUUUUAAAAAAAUGAUAUAUAUAUCAUGUAUACACACACAUAUACUAAUUCUACAUAUAUAUUUAUGUAACAUUUUUACAUAAUUAGGUAUCUUAAUUAAUUACAAUUAGCGGGAUCUGCCUGACAACCCAUGCCGAAAGUAAAGGGAAUUUAAUUUGCUAGCACUAUAUUUAACCCUAUAACUUUCUAAGACACCAUAAAACCUGUACAUGGGGGGUACUGUUCUACUCGGGAGACUUUGCUGAAUACAAAUAUGUGUAUUUUAUUGCAGUAAAAGCAAACAGUAUUAUGACAUUGACAGUUAAAAUGUCAUGUAGAACUAAAAAAAUUUAAAAAAAUCUUUUCUCCCUUUUUUUUAUAUUAAAUUAUGUUUCAUAGCUAAAUAUUUGAUAUUAAAUGAAAGCCUGUUUCCCCUGAAUAAAAUGAUAUAUAAUAAGGGUGGGUGCAUUUAAUAAGAGGUGAAUUACGGUUGGACCGACAUGUAGCGCAAAUGCCAGGUUUUGUUUACAUUUUGUUUUGUUCACAACGUGUACAUUUGGCUCCGUCGUUAAGGGGUUAGAGAAAACAUGAGUGAGCAGGCAAAACACAUUUCUUUUAUUUCUUGUUGGAUUCAUAUUCAACUGUAGGUUAUAACAGAAAGGUGCACUCAUAAAACAAAACAUGGAAGAAAAGAAAAAAAUGAAAUUACCCAUGUUUAAAAGUCUGCAUACCCUUAGUUCUUAAUACUGUGUUAUACCCUUUUUUGAAUCAAUGACAGCAUGCAGUCUUUUGUAAUAGUUGUCUAUGAGAUCCUUUAUUCUUGCCAGUGGUAUAGCUGCCCAUUCGUCUUGACAAAAUGCUUCCAGGUAAUGAAAUGUAUUUUUUCGUCUUGCAUGAACCGCACGUUUGAGAUCUCCCCAGAGUGAUGCAAUGAUAUUUAGGUCAGGAGACUGUGAUGGCCACUCAAGAACCUUCACCUUUUUCUGCUGUAACCAUUGGAGGUUCAACUUGGCCUUGUGCUUAUGGUCAUUGUCAUGCUUGAAAGUUCAAGAGCAUCACAUGCGCAGCCUUCAUGCAGAAGAAUGCAAAUUGCCUGCCAGUAUUUACUGAUAUCAGGCUGCAUUCAGCUUGCCAUCAAUUUUCACAAGAUUUCCCAUGCCUUUAGAACUCACAAACCCCCAAAACAUCAGUGAGCCACCACCAUGCUUCACAGUGGGGAUGGUAUUCUUUUCACUUUGUUGACCCCUCUCCAAACAUAGCGCUUAUGGGUUUGACCAUAACGCUCUAUUUUGGUCUCGUCAGAAGCUGUAAGGCAUGUCAAGGUGUUGUCGGGCAUAUUGUAUCUGGAAUUUUUUGUGGCAUUAGCGCAGUAAAGGCUUCUUUCUGGCAACUCUACCAUGCAGCUCAUUUUUGUUCAAGUAUCGUUGUAUUGUGCUCCUUGGAACUACCGCACCAUCUUUUUUUUUUUUUUUUUUUCCUGUAUUUCUCCUUAGGUUACCUGUGGGUUUUUGUUUUUUUUUUUUGUAUCCUCAAAAAUUCUUCUGGCAGUUGUGGCUAAAAUCUUUCUUGAGCUACCUGACCUUGGCUUGGUAUCAAGAGAUCCCUGAAUUCUCCACUUCUUAACAAGUGAUAGAACAGUUAUUACUGGCAUUUUCAAGGUUUUGAAUAUCUUUUUAUAUCCUCAUCCAUCUUUAUAAAGUUCUAUUACCUGUUACGCAGGCCUUUUGACAGUUCUUUUCUGCUCCCUAUGGCUCCGUAUCUAGCCUGGUCAGUGCAUCCACAUGAGAACUAACAAACUCAUUGGUUUUUACUAUAUUCUGUGUAUAAAUAGUCAAAGAAAAACAAGUUACCUGCGCUCUCCUUAAUCCCUAUGUAUUUUUAAACAAAUGAAGGUUUUUAGUUACCUCCAAUGGCCAUGAGAGGGUAAGCCCACCUGCCAACGUCAAGGCAGACCCACCUAGGUGGGUCCUAACUUUAACCAUUCACCUUGUUUCUUUGAGCUUCUGGCAAAGACAUCUAUACUGAGACAGAAGGGGGUAAUUUUUAGUAUACACCCCUAUACAUUUGUUAACCCUUAAUAGGGAACACAUGGGAUAAGCGGCAGCAUUGUAACAAAGCUGUGUGAUACAAAAAGUAGAUACAAAUGCAAAAAGAAAAGUCCUGUGCUCACUCCCAUCACUACUGGGCGGCAGCAAUGACUACAGUACACAUCAGCCCCAAUAUAUAGUAAAAACCAAAGAAAAACAAGUUACCUGCGCUCUGUCCUUAAUCCCUAUGUAUUUUUAAACAAAUUGAGGUUUUUAGUUACCUCCAAUGGCCAUGAGCGGGUAAGUCCACCUGCCAACGUCAAGGCAGACCCACCUAGGUGGGUCCUAACUCUAACCAUUCACCUUACUUCCUUUAGCUUCUGGCAAAUACAUCUCUACUGAAACAGAAGGGGGUAUUGUUUUUAUAUACACCCCUAUACAUUUAUUAACCCUUAAUAGGGAACACAUGGCAUGGGCAGCAGUAUUUAUACACACACUAAUUACAAUUUAAAAAGCCACAGGUGUGGGAAAUUGACCUGUAAUUGCCAUUUUAACCUUGUGUGUCUGUAACCUAGGCCAUUCAAGGGUAUGUAAACUUUUGAUCAGGGCCAUUCGUGUUAUUUCUGUUAUGAUAUAAAAAGGAGCCAACCAACUAUGUAAAGAUAAAUGGCUUCAUAUGAUCACUAUCCUUCAAUUAAAUACAUUUAUUUAUGCAUGAUCAGUCAUAUUUCCAAAAUCAAUGCCAAAAUUUCACAAUUUCUGCCAGGGUAUGCAAACGUUUGAGCCCAGACAGUCCCCCCUGCAGGCAGCUCUAUGGGCAGCUAUUAGGACGAUGUGAUCGCCCUGUGAGAGCGGAUCGCCACGUUGGUAAGUAGCGCGGACAUCCUGCAGCUGAAAGCCGUUAUAGCACUCCGUGCCACCACAACGACUCUAGUCCAUUUUAUUGUGGAUGGCAUUGAACGCUGUAACGGCAUUAUGGGGUUAAGUUGAUAACUAAAAAAAAAUAGAUGUUUAAAAAGAUGUUUUAAAACUAAUAAUCUUCAUAAAAGACAGCAUACAAAGGGUUAAGUGUUACACAGCAAGUCAACCAACACCUUUCUCUAAGUCAUGGAGCUUUGAAAGACCAAUAAUAAACUAGUCAAUUAAAUACUUUGUUUUGUACCACUGAUUGGAAUAUAUUGAAUGAAAUGUCUUUAAAACCCAUGACUUUUUGCUAAAUAAUCAGAACUCUUAAAUUGCACCAGAACCCUGUCUCUUUGUGCUUUUAAUUACUUCUCCAGCUAGCUGUCUGAACAGAGUGCCGCAAAUUGUUUCAUAGUUUCACUAUCCAGGUGAAGGUGGUCGAGCGACCAAGGUUAUCGGGUGUACGACUUCCAGUUAGCAAGGUGACCCUAAUAUUAUAUAUUCAUGCAAUGUUUUUUUUGUUUGUUUGGAAUCUAGGAGCCAGCUAAAAAGUUAGGAGCCAUUUUUUUUAUUUUAUUUAAAUGGACACUAUAGUUACCAGAACCACUAUAGAUUGAUGUAGUUGUUCUGGUGCCUAUAGCCUGUCCCUGUAGCCUUUUCAAUGUAAAUGCUGCCUUUUCUUGCUCUACAUCUGUGAUCUAAUAUCGACUUGGAUAACGCAGAACUAAGGCGUUUCAUAAAAAAUUAUUGCUUCACUUUGGCUUUAGAACAAAAACUGGAGAUCUGACAUGACAAACAUCUCAGAAGUUGCUUGUGUUCCCCCGGCAAACCCACCUCCGUUCUUCCUUGUCCCAGCAUGGGACGGAUCAAGCUUCUACUUGAGGUGAGGCACACUGGUUGAUGUCUGGGGGAGGAAGCCUGAUAGCCGCCCAGGAGGUAGGCUGAGCGGCAUGGCUCUGUCCAUGGAGGUCCCGGAGCCCUUUCAGGUUGUGCUGAGUAUGUUCCGGCUUUGUGACUAUGGGCAGGCCAGGGGACGCCUUCAUGACGCUACAGGCUGUGCGCCUGCGCACAGUGGUGGAACGCACGCCUGGGUGGUGUUGCAUUCCACCAAAGUUCCUGGUAAGCCGCUGCACCCGUGAACCGGAACUUCUAGGAAAUAGUGCCGGAUUUGAAUCCAUGGGCGUAUUAAUGCUGUGCGGUUUCCCUCUGGCAGUUGGAUGCUGGUCAGAAAGGAUUCUCCAUGUCACCAGUCCCCCACACGGCUCAGAGGUUUUUGAGGUAAGAUUAAAAAAAAAUCUUUACUUUGAAAAGCUUUGCUUUCUGUUAAACGGUUUAGAGUCUUAAAGGUAUAUUGAUGUUAUGUUUAAGAUAUGUCUAGCCUUCAGCAAAUGGAUAAAGACAUGCCUACUCCUGCAACUAGGAAGGCCUCAUCCAAAGCCAAACAUUUAGUUUGCAAUGAUUGUUCCACCCCCACUACCGAUUGGCACUAGGAAUAAAGUGUGUAAUCAGUGUGCAGCAAUGUCUUUGGAAAAAUUGGAUACUAAACUUAAAGGACCACUAUAGGCACCCAGACCACUUCAGCUUAAUGAAGUGGUCUGGGUGCCAGGUCCAUGUAGGGUUAACCCAGCCUGCUGUAAACAUAGCAGUUUCAGAGAAACCGCUAUGUUUACAUAUGGGUUAAUCCAGCCUCUAGUGGCUGUCUUAUUGACAGCUGCUAGAGGCGCUUCCGCGCUUCUAACGAGUUUGUUUUCUUUGCACUAUAGUGGUCCUUUAACCCCUUAACGACACAUGACGUGUGACAUGUCAUGAUUCCCUUUUAUUCCAGAAGUUUGGUCCUUAAGGGGUUAAAGAAGUCAAUUCUACUUCCUUCAAGAAAAAUAGAAUUACUGGGUUUUCGAAAUAUGCUCAAGAACGUUCUCUCUACAUCUGACUGUCACAUCCUGUUCCUGCUGCGGAUCAUUUCUUGCUAUGGCUUCUGGUAUCCAGUACUCUUUUUACAAUUCUUGUUUUGUUUUUUUUUUUGUUUUUUUUCUUCUGGUUUUCUAUUCCAUGUCUGGUUUUCUUUAUGCUGGGUUUUCUGGGUUCAUUCCUGUAUUCCGUUCCUGGAAUUCCCAGUCUCGUGGAUUACUUUAAAUGUUUGCUUUAUUUUGCCACACCCGUUCCUUUUCCAUUAAUCCUUUUGUUUCAGUUGUUUUCUGCAGGCAGUUGCUACAAGUCAUAUGCCCUUUUCUUGCAGGUAAAUGCUGUUUGUGUUUUAUUAUUGUUUAUUUAGUCAUGCAUAUCUAGGCAGUUAGUUUCUCACCUUUAUUGGAGUACUUUGCCGCAGUUGGUGGGCUGCAUACAUCUUGGCCAUUUAUGUAUGUCUAAAUCUCCAAUGUUUUACAUAUAUAGUACUUGGUUUUGUCUCCUCUUGUUUUGUCUCUGGUCUUGUUUUAUUUUGUAUUCCCUGUCCAUGUACAGUCCUGUCCUGUCUUGUUCUUGUUUCCAUCAUGUCUUGUGUACAUGUUUUGGGUUUUGCUUUCUAUCCUUCUCUGGUUCUGGGUUCUACCAGUUUUGUCUUGUUUUCUUGUUUGGUGCCUGUUCUAGUCUUGCCUUGUUUCUAGUACUGGAUACAUACCUGCUGCAGAGCCUCCCUAUCCAGAUCACGGAGGUCUGCAUAUUUUCUACUAGUUCCUGGGAUCCACAGAAUCUUCAUCAGGGCCCUGGUAUGUGGCCGCACAAACCCUGAUACUCAACACCAGGGGGCAUGUGGUUACCCUGCACCAGGCCCUGAUUGUUUCAUUUCCACAAGGUUGAUUCCGAUCAUCAUCAGCAGGCAUUCAGGGGUCCCGGUUUCUGUACCGUCACCUGUGACAACUACAAACAAAAGAAAGACAAUCCAGAAAAAAGUGUUGAAUUUACAGAAAAGAGAUUAUUACUCUAUAAGACAGGCAAUGAGUGUUCUGGGAUAUCUAACCUUAUCAAUUCCCGCAGUCAAAUGGGCAAAAUCAGAAAUAUUGCCUCUUCAGUGGGAAAUCCUCUCUUCUUGGUCAAAAAGAGAGGAAGACUUAGAUAUGUAUCUCCAGAUAUCUUCUCAGGUGAAAGCUUGGUUUAACUGGUGGAAAACUUAGUUUCCUUUCAACAGGUCUGACCUUCAGACCGAAAGAAUGGGUGGUCGUCACCACAGAUGCGUCAAACUCAGGCUGGGGCGCUCCUCUAAGGUACUUGGUCCACAGAAGACAAAAACAGGUCAACAAAUUACAGAGAAUUGAAGGCAGUUAUUAACGCCCUUCACCGAUUCAGAUCUUUGGUAGAAAAGAGGCCCGUAAGAAUACUACAACACCGUCAUCUCUUACAUCAACAGACAAGGUGGCACCAGAGUGUAAAGUCUGUUUCAGCUAUGCGCCGACAUUAUGUGCUGGGCUCAGGUUCACUUAGAAGACAUCUCUGUGAUCCACAUAAAGGGCAUCGACAAUGUCAUUGCCAACGACCUUGGCAGAGGGAAAUGGGAUCAGAAAGAAUGGUCUCUAAACCCAAGGAUAUUCGACAUUCUCAUAAAGAGAUUUGGAAUUCCCGUCGUAGACCUUAUGGCAAAAAGAGAGAACAGCAAGGUUCUCAAAUUUGUCUCCCUGUUCAGGACAGAUCAUCCUCAAUGGAUAGACGGUCCAUCGCUCCAAUGGGUUUUCUCCCUAGCGUACAUCUUUCCUCCAAUAAAGCUGAUCCCAAGAAUUCUUCAGACGAUAAGAACAGACAGGGCAGUGGUUCUAGCAGUCAUUCCGCAUUGGCCAAACAGGAGCUGGUUUUCGGACUUGAAGAUGGCGGCUUCCAUGUACUGGGAACUUCCAAUCUCAAAAGCUCUGAUAGAAAACAGGGAGUUACCUUUGGAAAUUCUACAGAUGUUCAGAUUGACGGCAUGCCUAUGGCAAGGCUAAUCCUUUGUCAUCAGGGUCUUCAGGAAGACAGGGUCAAAUUACUCCUUCAAUCUACAAGACGUUCCACCUCAAAGUUGUACAUGAGAAUUUGGGUGAAAUUUCUACAUUGGUGUAAGAAACAUCAAUGUCUUCCAAGUACAUCCUUCGGUUGAUUCUAUUUUACACUUCCUUCAGGAUGGGCUACACAAAGGUUUGAGUGUUUCCACUUUGAAAGUCCAACUUGAGUUUUUUUUUCUAGUGAAGGAUUUAGCAUUGCAUGAUCUAAUUAGGAGAUUCUUCAAAGCCGUAAGGCUUCUUAGACCACCCAGGAAGUCAUAUUUUCCCUCCUUGGAUCUUUCUUCAGUCCUGCAAGCGCUCUGUGAACCUCCUUUUGAACCUUUGGAGAAGGUCCCAUUGAAGAAUCGAACACUCAAGACUGCUUUCUUGGUGGCCAUCACCUCUGCCAAAACAGUAGGUGAACUUCAGGCUCUGUCUUCAUCGGACAAAUGCAUUAUAUUCCAUCAAGAUAAGGUAGUGCUCCAUCCUAAGCCUUCAUUCCUUCUGACGGUUAUCGCUUCUAGUGCUAUUAAUCAGCCCAUCAUUUUACCUUCCUCCUGCAAUAAUGCCACCUCGCCGCAGGAACUAAAAUGGCAUACAUUGGAUGUUAGAAGAGCUCUACAGAUCUACCUUUCAAGAAAUGCCGAUAAUAGAAAAUCUGAUCACCCGUUUGUCAAUUUCCAAGGAAAAUUUAAAGGGAAAAGAGCCUCUCGUAAUUCUAUCUCUCGGUUGAUUAAUACAAUCAAGAUGGCGUAUGCUUCCAGUAACCUUCCUAUACCUACUUCUCUUAAAGCACAUUCCACAAGAGCAAUGUCCACAUCAUGGGCAGAAAAGGCUCUUGCUUUGCCCAAAGAAAUUUGCAAGGCGGCUUCUUGGUCGUCAUUUCACACCUUCAUCAGGCAUUGCAGGCUAGAUGUAUCCUCAUCAUCUGAAGCUUCAUUUGGGUGUAAGGUGCUUCAAGCAGUUGUGGCGUAAUGCCCACCCAAUGGGAAUCUUGCUAUAUCCCACAGGUACUGCCACCAUAUGCCAGAAAAAAAUGAAAUUUUUACUUGCUGUAAAUUCUUUUUUUUUCUUAAUAUGGUGGCAGUACAAUACUCCCACUGUCUGAAUUAAAAAUUUACUUGUUGUAUUUGACUUGUGUGGUGUGUUUUCUUGCUACAACUGAGGUGGGUUUGCCGGGUGAAGCCCUUUAUGGGACUUUUAAUUAACUCCUAUCUUGUAGAUGCUUGUCCCAAUUAAGAAGGCACAACCCACAGGUACUGCCACCAUAUUAAGAAGAAAAUAAUUUACGGGAAGUAAAAAUGUCUGGUUUUACUUUGCGCGGGAAUUGUUAAUAAUUGUUAAUAGUGCUACCUCUAAAGAAAAAGGAAUGCAAACCUGAAGAUUAGAUUCAAUAAGAUCAUAUAAUUUUUCCCAUAACCAAGAAAAAAUUUUUUGCUAUCCCACCAGAUAUGUGAUAGUGAGCCAGUCUCCCCACAAUCUCGCCAAUAACGAUUGGAGACACUUGGGUACAUUUGCUGUAAUCUGACCGGGGUUAAGUACCAUCUAGUAAUCAGUUUAUAUGAUAGUUCUAUAUGGUUUGUACAUCUUGAGAUUUUGCGGUGAAUCUUGACAGGGAUGUCCAAUCUUCGUCCGAAAUUGAACAGCUUAACUCCUUUUCCCACCUUGAUUUAAAGGGAAGUUUCUCUGAAUAUAAUGAGGAUAAUAGGGAUUGGUAACAUAUCGAAAUGGAUUUACCUCCUUUAGGCACAUUUUUUAAUAAGUUGGUGAAAACGGUAUCUAAUGCUGAUCCUCUAAAUAACGUUAAAGACACCAGACAGUGCCGGAUCUUAAAAUAUUUAUAGAAGUCACAAGGGAAAAUAUUAUAUUGUGAUUGUAGUGAAGAAAAUGGCAAUAUGAUGUCUCCUCUUAGCAUAUAAUCAAUGGUUUCCACACCAGCCAUCCCCCAGCCUGAAAUAUCUAAAUCAGGAAUAAUUGUUUCUAGAGUCUCUAAUGGAGCAUAUCGCAAGAUUGUUUGAAGUAUCUUUCUUCGCGAAUUAAUCCCUGUUUUGUAACUUUAACUAGUAGUCUGCAAUAAAACCAGAAAUUAAGUUGGCUUGGAUAUUGACCAUAAGAACCAGGAUACCCUCCCCCUUUUCAGACAAGCAUCUUCUAUAUCAACCCAUGACACCGAUUCUGGUUUUGAACAAUACAACAUGUUUGUGAUGUAGAAGAAGCUGUACAAUAAUGCAUUUGAUUUGGAACCCCCAUCCCUCCUUUUUGUCUAGAUCUAUAUAACAUAGUUUAAGAAACUCUCUCAAUUUUUUAUGAGCAUGUAUACAUUUGAUUAUGUAUGACUGGAUAUCUUUAAAAAAAAAGGGGGGGGGGGAAGGGGAAUGGUUCUAAAGAGGUACAAAAACCUUGGGAGGGCCAUCAUUUUAAAUGAGACAUUGCGACCAAACCAAGAUAGUUCAAUUUUCCUCACCUUUCCAUGUCUCCUCUGACCUGCUCUCAUACAUAUUUCAAAUUUAGAAUUGGUAACAAAGCCAAGUCUGUAUACAAUUUUAUCCCCAGGUACUGAAUAUAUGUCAACUUUCAAUCAAUUCAUGUCAUUUUGAAAUGAGAUAAUUGAGAUUUUGUUAUAUUAAUAGGUAGAGCUUGUGAUUUUUUUAUUUUUAUUUUUCAAAUUCACUUUGAUAUGAGACCUUCCCAUAAGAAAUAAGCGCUUCCUUAAGAUAAGGUAAAGACUAAGAUUAGUUAGGCCUAUGAGAAUGUCAUCCGCAAAAAGAACAAACUUUUGCGAGAUGGAAUUUGGCAUUGAGAUUCCAUUAAUGGCUAUAUACAUUCUAAUUCUAUAUACCAAAGGCUCUAAAGCCAGAAUAUACAACUGGGGAGACAGAGGCCACCACUGUCUAUUACCAUUACAAAUUGUGAAGUAUUGUGACAUUGAACCAGAGAGAAGUACAACUGCUGGGGUUAGAAUAUAAAGCCAUAACAGAUUUUAUGAAUCUAAAUGGCAGCCCCAUUUUUUCCAAAGCUUGAAACAGGAAGCCCCGAUGCAGACGAUCGAAUGCCUUCUCUGCGUCAAGUGACACGAGAGAGCAUUCAGCCCUAGAAUUCCCAGCCACCGAAAUAAUAUUUAUGAUUUUACAAGUGGCAUCUGAAGCUUGAUGCCCCUCUAUAAAUCCCAUCUGAUCGUUUUUGGUUUUUUUAAAUUAAUAUUGGAAAUAAAGCGGAUAAGCAAGUUACCAAAAUUUUUGCAUAAAUUUUAUAAUCAUGGCUUAACAGAGAUAUAGGUCGUAAGUUGGAACAUUGGUUUGGAGGCUUCCCAGGCUUUGGCAAAGCUUCAAUAUCGGUGGUCAACAUUUCUUUUGGCAUUGUACCAUUAAACAUACAAGAAUUAAAAAGAAAAGGCUGUAUAAUAUGAAGAUGCUGUUUAUAAUAGAGAGAAGUGAAUCCAUCAGGCCCAGUUAACCUUCCCUGUGGCAUUGCUUUAAUUGCCUUGAAGAUUUCUUCUGUGUUUAAAAUCCUGUAAUGUUUGGGUCUGGAGUUGAGUAAGAGAAGGGUAACUUUAUUAGGUGAAAGAAGUUUGAUGUUUUGGCUUUAAUGGCUGGUGUGUUUUUGGGGAACUUUUAAGAUUGGAGAUUUUGGAUUUUCCCCAACCUGCGAGCUAACAAACUGCCUGCUUUAUUUCCACUAGAGUAAUAUUGAGCUUUGUCGUCUCAUACAAUAUUCAGUCUUUUCAAGCUGCAAAUUAUUGUCAGACCUUACUUUUUUUAGUUGAACCAGUCAUGUAUCGGAGAAAGCCUUAUGAGCUUUCUCAAGUACUAGAAGUUACAUUUUAAGAUCUAUCAUCCUUUUUGAUUUCUGCUUAGCAAUGGAGACGAGGUUACACAUUUAUGCUGAAAGAAAGGCGAUUUCAUCUAAGGCAAAGAAAAUAAUAUAUAUAUUUAUUUUUUUUUUACACAGUAAGAACAAUAAGGAUAUGAAAUUAUCUGCCUGAAGAGGUGAUUUUAUCAGUCCAUACAGAUGUUUAAACUGCAAUUGGAUAAAUACUUGCAAAAACAUAACAUACAGGGAUAUAAUUUCUAAUUAGUGGGAUAAUAGCUGCUUGAUCCAAGAAGACAUCUGACUGCUAUAUUGAGGUCAAGAAGGAAAUUUUUUUUUUUUAGUUUGUUGCAAAAUUGGAAGCGCUUCAGACUUUUUUUUUUGCUUUCUUUUGGAUCAACGCAUCUAUUUUGCUUGUUACCACUAAUGAUGUGCUGUUAUAACUUAAUGAUUUAGCUCAUACAUCUGAAACAUCUUUUUAGCUUGUCUUUUGAAGCCUCUUCGCAUAUAAUAUAAAAAGUGCAGUAAUCUCUUGACAUUCCAUGUUACCUUCGGAUUUUAUUAUUGUCAUGUCUAAACCCGUGAAAUGUCCAUACAAACUUUUGUUAUUUUGUUAUAUUAUGCACUCCAAAAAAAAAAAAAAAAAAAGAGUAAAAAAUAAAUAUAUAGCUUCUCUUACAAUUUGAUCUAUCAAGAUUUCCUCCUAUUGACACCUAGGUUUAAAGCUUCACACAUAUUUCCACUGUCUAUGGCUGGUGAGACAAGAUAAGAAAAAAUGUUUAUGGCAGGUAUCAAACCAGUUAUGCCUCCAACACUCCUCUCUGGAUUGGGCUUUUCUAUUAAUAUUAGUUAAGCUACACCCGAUCUGUAUAUCUUUUUUUUUUUUUUUUUUAUCCCAAAAAUAUGAUCAGCAGCAUCAAGAAAAGAAAAAAAAUAAGAAAAAAUGAAAAACAAUAAAAAAAAAUACUAAAUCAAAAUGUAAGUAACCUAAUAUAGAUAACAAAAAACAAACAAAAAAUAUAACACAUUUAUUCCUUGGAUUGUGGACAUUGAUUCCCACAAAUUGGAAACAAUAGAAAAAUUUUGUCUCCUAGGGGCAAAAUAAAGGGAAACAUAAAGGAGAUCAAGAAAAAGGAGAUACAUGCAUUUUAUUGUAACAUAUUAAACCAAUAAUCUUGUUUACCGCUGGGGGUUCCCAGUUAAACUGAUAAUCUCACAUAAUGGUGCAUCUUGGGUGAUCUCAUCGCUACAAGAAGGAAAGAAAUUAUUUGACCUAUGGAGUAUUCAGCUACCUUCUAUAUACCAACAGACUAAAGAUCAUCUCUAGAGACCAAAUAAAAUAUCCAGAGAGUGGGAAUCCUCCUCCACUUCGCAUUCAAAAUUUCCUUCUAAGAGCUACAUUUUACAAAUCCCUAAAAUAGAGAUGUUGCUUAAACACGCUUAUCUAACUGAAUUUGUGCGUGUAAACUUUAAAUCACUUAGUGAAGCUUAAUUUAUACUUGACCUUUUAGUCAGCAAGAUUAUUAUUUGAGGUAACCCCAUUAGAAUGAUUACACCAAUCAAUUAGAGCGUUCACACCAGUAUCCUAAGUGCCAAUACACAAGGGAAGUAAUUGCUUCCCCUGGGUGCCCGCCAUUUCGUAUAGAUGAACGUCAACCAGGGGGAACAUUCAUAUCCCAAGAUAAGCACUUCCUUUGCAUGGUGUUCGCACAGGAACCUUACGAACGGAGACCGAUUGAUCGGGGGAAAUGUGCUGAGGUUAGUGGGGAUACUUUUGGGGAUUGGCUAUUUUGGCAGGAUGUCUGUGCCUAGGAGACAAAGAGACUAGAUCCCUUUUCCUGCAGGGGUCACUCUACCUGCUCCUAAAGGAAUCAUAAUCACUAGUCGGAGGAGAACCAGUAGCCUCCUGGUUGCAGCCAGACUGUCAGCAGGGCAGACAGCGGCUGACGGCCAAUAGAAGGACAACCAUUCAAACGGGUUUUGCGCCCUUUCUCCUUAUUGGCCGUCAGAACGCCUCCCCUCCCUGAGCACCGAUUUUUGCAAAAUAUUUCGUGCCUGUCUCCUGAUUGGUCGCUGCUUGGUUUAGGCAUGAAGUUUGAAUUUACCGGCCUAACCCAUGCAAUUCUGUGGAACUAAUUUCUGGUAUGUACAGAGCCCCAAGCCGAUAGCCCAGCUAUUUGCAGGGAUCCUUGCUGGGACCCAGGGCUAUCCAGGGAUGUUUUAUGUUUGAGCCCCAUUUCCUUCCCGGGGCCGGGAGUCCCCCAAAGUUCCCCAUUGUAUGUGAUGUAUAUUACUGUAUGUAAUUGUUUUACUGUUUGUAUCUCCAAGAGCGGUAGAUGACCAUCUGCACCCCAUCCCUCUUAAGCCUGAGGGACUUCUGCUGAAUAGGAUGGAUACCGCCUGCGGGGGUCUGUGUAUAAAUUAAGGCUGUACCAAUAAAGCAUUGUCAGUGUUGUAUUCCCAGAGCUGUCUCCCGUCCAGUUACUGGGGGGAAUGGAGGUCUGUAUUAUUUGAUGGCUCCACAGUGGCUGAGGAAAGGAAUUAGUGGAGGUAACCGGUCGGGUUACCCAGGGUCCACUACAGUACCCUUUCAUGCAGUGGAUAAUUAUGUAACCCUGUAGAACGAGACAGAUGUGCUAGGUUGCACCUUCCCCAUAUUGGGAAUCUGCACCCUGCACAGCUACUCAUACAUAAUUGGGUAUAGAUUAGGAGUGGUUGGAAGAUUACUGAAUUUCCCUUACUAGUUUUAAAUUUACUAUGUACUGUACUAAUAUAUCAUUAUCAGUCAAAAUAGUAAGUUUCAGAUCUAGAUCUUUAAUUUUGAUUUCUAGUCUUGAUCUACAAUCCUGAUAUAUAUUAUAUAUAUUUAUUUAAAAAAAUAUUGUUUUUUUUCUUUUUCUUCUUGUGCUUUCUUUUUCUCUCUUUUGUUUUUUUUGUUUUGUUGUGUUAUUUUCUUGUAUUAUUUUGAUUUUCCUGUAUUAUUUUGAUGUAGUGUUAUAUAUUCUAAUUAAAUAUUUGAAAACAGGAACUCAAACCUAUAUUCCUGAUGUUAUUGUUACAAACAUAAUCUAGCCCCCUGACCCACAAUUAUCCCCUUAAUAUAGUAAAAUAUUACCUCUACUUCAGUCUGCUGCUGGCUCUGCCCCUGAUCUGCCUGCUUGGCUGACAUCACAAGUUAUGAUCUGAGCUAAUCACAGUGCUUUCUCAUAGGAAAGCAUUGGAUUGGCAGAGGCAGAUCAGGGGCAGAGCCAGCACAAGUCAAAAACAUCCCUGGCCAAUCAACAUCUCCUCAUAGAGAUGCGUUGAAUCAAUGCAUCCCUAUGAGGAAAGUUCAGUGUCUCCAUGCAGAGAGGGGAGAAACUAAAUGUCAGUGCUGUACACUAUGCAGCACUGCCUCAGGAAGCACCACUUACAGCUAUCUGAGGAGUGGUCAGUGGAGGUAUCUCUAGGCUGUAAUGUAAAUACUGCCUUUUCUCUGAGAGCAAGUGUUUACUACGAAAAGCCUGAAUGUAGUGAAUAUGCUCACCAGAACAAAUACAAUAAGCUGUAGUUGUUCUGGUGACUAUAUGUGUAUAAUUUGUUGUUUGUAUAGUCUUAGUGUUUCCUAUCUAGUGUGUAUGUAAAUGUAUGUUUAUACCUACCAACUAACAAUGACCUACCUGAAUCUACUGCUGGACAACCACUAAACUACAGCUAAACCACUAGCUCACAAACUCUAAUCACUGCUUGUAACUUCUACUCUAGGAAUAAAUAAAUUGUAUGUAUGAAAGGUUUGUUUUGUAUACCGUACUUCAAUCUGCUGUAGCCUUGUGUGAUUUAUUUAUAUUCUGUGCAACUCAUAUAAAAAAAUAAUGGUUUAACACCAUAACAUAUUUGGCUAGAAACCACUGCAGGUUAUUGUACUGAUUAUGUUGCCAUGAGUGUUUGGGUGUAUUUCCUCCACAUUUCGUUACAAUAUUUUUGAGCACUUUCACAAAAAAUGUCUCUUGCCAUCCAAUCCUUUUUUCUGCCACCAAAUAAUAAUUUAGUUUCCUCAUUCAUACAGAUUUGGACAAUUAUUCAUACAGUUUUGGACAAUAGUGAUAUGGUGUGAGUGCUGGGAGCAUGUUUGCCUAGAGUUUACAGCCUAUAACUGCUGUCUGAAUUGAAUGGAUAAAGCAGAAGUGACAUUCCUCAUUAUCUCAGUAAAGAUGGGUUUUGGAUGCUGUAAGUCCCCAAUUCUCACCAUUGGAGCUGCAUUCUGUAAAACAAUUAGUCCACUACUGCAAUGUGGAGUUAGAGGGAACAAGCUGAGCUGGCCUCAUUUCCCUAUUGUGUUUUUGACCAGUGGUUCCCAACCCAGUCUUCAUGGACCACCGAGAGUCCAGGUUUUGUCAGUAUCUCCAUUUGAAUAAAAAAGAGAAAUACAUUAAUCCUGGAAUGUUGGUGGUCCAUGAGGACUGGAUUGGGCACCAAUGUCCUAAACCAGUGGUCUCUAAUCUUUACCCUCUUAUAUAAGGAUCUAAAGUGACUUAAAGCAUGGUUUGCUAAAAAGUAUAACUUCCCCUCUCCCUUCCACCAUCUGACCCAAUCUCCAUACAGAUGAACCUGCAUGUUCAAUUUAUUUUAACUUUAAUUUUAUUCAUACUAAAACCUCCAAUAAAUGUUGUUUAAAUCAUUUAACUUUAAAAAAACAAAAAACUUUUUGAUUUAAUAUUAUGAAUAUUAUAUUAUAUAUAUAUAUAUAUAGACAUGUUUUAUGUUAUGGUUUUUUUUGUUUAAAAAUAAAAUAAAAAAUUGGAUCAUUUGAAAAGUUUAUCCAAAAUCGAGCCCUAAUAUAUUUUUAAUCGUUCAUGACCAUGAGUAAAGUUGACAAUGUAAAGGAAAAGUGAUAAUGAAUGAUGUAAACUCAUUAUCAAUUCAAUUGUACUUUAUUUAUUGUUUUCAACAUUCAUAUUGGGUAAGGCUGGUGUAUGGUGGAAUAAAAAUCCCUUAACAGUUUUUCAAAUUAAUAUUUAUGGGUACAAUAAACAAGAAUACUGAAAACAGUGAAACAAAUGCAUGGUAAAAAAAAGCUUAAUCCACCUGGUCCUGAGCAAUAACAUAGCCUUUGACCUUAAUGUGUAAUAAUAGCUCUAUUUUCUCUGGUCUGUAAAAUCUUUUGGUUUUUUUUUCUCCUUUUUUGUUCAGGUGUUGUAUCACCUGUGUGCAUGUUUUGUGUGGUGGGUACUUAGACCUGAAGUCCAAGGUACUAAUUUUUUUUUCUUUUUUCCCCCCUAGCUUUGCGCACUGGAAGUUUUCAUUAAUCACCUAAAGGAGAAGUAAUACGUUUUCUUUAGCAUACUCCCCUUACUGUAUUUGUUAAUGGUUACUUAAUUAUUACUCCUGGAUUGAAUUAAACAAUUGGAAUUCAUGCUCACUUCAGUGUGUAAUAACAGUUUUGGGAAAAACGUGCAUUCAAAACGCUGCAUCCUGUGCUUGUCUGUUGAUAAAACUGUUGCCAACAGACGUAUCAAGAGUUUGUUCUGAACAAGAAAUAUGAUGCAUCAUAGCAGCCAAAUGCAAAUGAUAGCAAAGUUCAAUUGCGAAAAAUGUAGGUUUUCAACAAAGGAUCCACUUAAAUACAACAACCACAUCUCUCUUCACAAAGACAUUAAGUUUUCCUGUUCACAUUGUAACUAUGUGUGCUAUACGAAAGGAGAAUUUCAAAGACAUUUAGUGACCCAUACUGGGAAAUUUCCUUAUACCUGUGAAUACUGUGGCUAUGGAGCUGUUAGGAAUGACUAUAUUGUAAAACAUAUCAAAAGAAUACAUAAUGAUGGCAAGAUACAGUGUUCUGUAAGCAUUGUGGAAAAUGAUGCAAAAAACACCUCCGUCAAUAUAAUACAAACUCAGUUGCCUAACAGCAUUAUAGAGGUUUCUUCAAAUGCUACAUUAAACACAGCUGAAGACAUUAUAGAUUUAACGUGUGAUGUAGAAAAUGUUCCCUCUUACCCAAUCACAUUAAAUGCAAGCACUGAAACAUGUGAGAGUCAAGUGGAAGUAGAGGUGAUUUCUCCAACUGAAGGACUGUUGUACCCCUGGAUGACUUUAACUGUAGUUGCACCUUCAACAUUUCAGGUACCACCUAACUGUUUUGCUCAGGUGGUGGAAGUGAGAUCUGUGGGCAGUACUUGCCACUUAAUUUUAAAUUGUAAUGAAGAGUUAGGCUCUGGGUUAUCUGAGGGCUACUCUGAAAAAGAAGUCUCUUUUGAAGACAAAAAACCUGUGUAUUCUGCAGACGUUUUGUUGACACCGGAUAAACAUGUCGAACAGCAAACCCUGUGCUUAUUACAAGAUGGCAGUAGUAUUCAAUCUCAUAAAAGAAUUCCGAUAAGCGAUUUAAACACCACUGCAGAACCAACUUUACAUACUGACAGUACUUUUCAAAGUAAAGCUGAAAUUAGUGAGAACAAACAGAAUUUGCCUGGAUCUUUUCCCCAACAAAACAUUGAGAAUACCAAUACAUUUUUUGAAGGCCCAUUUAUUUCAUCAGUAUUUUCUCUCAGCUCAGGGUCAAAGAAUAUCUUAGAAGGCAUACAGUGGGAAAGUAGUCCAGUCACCAACCCAGGAAUAACACCGCCUAAGAACAGUAUUGAACCAAUUACUUUUUCUCAGUUCUCCGAGAAUAAUGAAAAUAAACUCCUGUCUGCUUCAACUACUAAUGUAUUCAGUUACAAUGUGGAAAAAUCAAAGGAUGCAGAACUUCAGAACUAUGUUCCAAGUGACAUAGGGGAGAAAGGAAAUGAACGCUUGUCUGUUUUAGCUACUACUACAAAAGUUGCACAACUUCAGAACUGUGUUCAACAUGAGAUCGAGGAGAAAGAGAAUGAACUCUUGUCUACUUUAGCUACUUCUGCAUACAGUUACAAUGUGGAAAAACCAAAAGUUGCCCAACUUCAGAAAUAUGUUCAAAGUGUGAUAGGGGAGAACAAAAAUGAACUUUUGUCUGCUUCAGCUACUACUGCAUUUAGUUACAAUGUGGAAGAAACAAAAGAUGCCCAACUUCGGAACGAUGUUCCAAGUGAGAUAGGGGAGAAAGGAAAUGAACGCUUGUCUGUUUUAGCUACUACUUCAAAAGAUGCACAACUUCAGAACUGUGUUCAACAUGAGAUCGAGGAGAAAGAGAAUGAACUCUUGUCUACUUUAGCUACUUCUGCAUACAGUUACAAUGUGGAAAAACCAAAAGUUGCCCAACUUCAGAAAUAUGUUCAAAGUGCGAUAGGGGAGAACAAAAAUGAACUUUUGUCUGCUUCAGCUACUACUGCAUUUAGUUACAAUGUGGAAAAAACAAAAGAUGCCCACCUUCGGAACGAUGUUCCAAGUGAGAUAGGGGAGAAAGGAAAUGAACUGUUGUCUGUUUUAGCUACUAGUACAAAAGAUGCACAACUUCAGAACUGUGUUCAACAUAAGAUCGGGGAGAAAGAGAAUGAACUCUUGUCAACUUUAGUUACUUCUGCAUACAGUUACAAUGUGGAAAAACCAAAAGUUGCCCAACUUCAGAAAUAUGUUCAAAGUGCGAUAGGGGAAGACGAAAAUGAACUUUUGUCUACUUCAGCUAAUACUGCAUUCAGUUACAACAUGAAAAAAACAAAAGAUGCCCAACUUCAGAACCAUGUUCCGAGUGAGAGAGGGGAGAACAAAAAUGAACUUUUGUCUGGUUCAGCUACUACUUCGUCCAUUUACAAUGUGGAAAAAACUAAAGAUGCACUUCAGAAAUUUGGUCAAAGUGAGGUAGGGGAGUCAACAGAAAAAGCAUGUUUGGAUCAAUCUGGGAGAGAAAAACUAUGCACUAAUCUUGAAACAUCCCCACCUCUUGGCAAAAGUGGUAACAAAAAUCCUGAAAAUCAAAGCUCUGUAUUACCUCCAAAUAAAAGGAAAAAAUUUCAGAAAUCAAAAGCACACAAUAAAAAGGAAACUAAUUUUUGUACCAAACCACAGACACUUUUUCUAUCUUGCAAUAAAAAUGUUGUUAUGCAGCCUCUUACUUGUGUGAUGCAACAUGGCCACAAACUUGCCCCUAAUACAAUUCCUGCACUUAAGACGAGUAUAGAUGUGACUAAAAGCUCUAAACAAGAGGAAACGGUUGAUCAAAAUUUUAAACUCCGACAAGAAUUGCAAGUAGUGUCUACAAUUAGCAGUCCACCAGAGAAAAUAUCCUCAAAAAUAGUCCGAAAGCAAGGUUGUAAAAAAUUAAAUAGUAGUAUCAAGCCAAAGGGUAAAUCUCUUCCUAAAAGACUUGUGACCUUUUCAAAAAGAACAUUACUUCAAAGAUCUAAAACUCUAAGACUCCUACCUGCUUUAUCUAACCAACCGACACAAAUUCCCUCAUACAAUCAGCCUGUAGUGGUAUUAAACCAUCCAGAUGUGGAUUCAUUAGAGACCUUUAGCAUUAUGAAAAUUGUACGUAAGUUUAAGAGCAAUGUUCUAAGUGUUACAUUAUCCAGAACGACGUGCCAGCAAUUUGUGUAAUGUUUUCUGUGAAGAAGAUAAAAUGUUCUUUGGAAUCGGGAUACUUAAGCACUGGUAUCCGUCAAAUGUUUAAUGCAGUGGUUGAACUUAACAUUUUUUAAAUGUGCAUACCUGUUAACGUAAAAUUCAUGUUAAUGUAAUAUGCACUGCCUCAUUUUAAUAUGAUUUUAAUAUGAACAUCUGAUUGUAAAACUUUUUUGUUUGACCUUGACAUUACCAAGAUGUGCCUUACAGAAAUAAUUUGAGUCAUAGCCCUAAAAAUUUAAGGGCAAAGAUAUAUUAAAAGGAAGUUCUCAUCAGACUACAAGUAUUGUAUUAAUAGAUAAUGGGACAUUUUUGUACUUUCAUGACUAUUAUUACCUGUGGUUGUGCAGUGAUGCUUUUUGUAGUUUCUCCUGUAGUUUCUUAUUUUUAUUUUUAUUUUUUUUCAUUAUGUUCCAUAGCUUUUUGUUUCUCCCCUUUUUGACAGGAUUCAUUUGCAGAGUAGAUACUGCACGCUGCAAUAUUAAGUUUAGUCUUUAAAAUUAUUUGCAAAUCUUUCAAAAGUAAUACUAAUUGUAAAAGUCAUACCAUCUAAAAGGUUAGUUUUCAAUAAGAGUUGGAAGGCCAAUUUUGAAAGUUCUUCUGUGUUACAGACCAAUUUCCACCAUUUAUAAUUACGAACUUUAAAAAAAAACAAAAAAAAAACACUAUGUAGCAUAUGGCCUUUUAGGAUGUGAGGGGUAAGAAAAGUAACUUUAACAGUAGUGAUAAGACCUUGUUUUACAAUGCAUAUCAUUAUAGUAGGCUCAGCUACUCAGGAGGCUUUUAGGUAUUGAUGUUAAAGUUACUACACAGAUCAACUUUUUGGAUAAACCUUGUAAUCCUAGAAUCCUUCUGAGGAAACAGAAAUGAAUCCAUCUGUGGCACUGAACACACUUAGAUUUCAUUUUGUUUUUAUGGUUUUUAUUUUAGGUGGAACUAUACUCCUAUGAACAUAUGAAAAAUAUUAAUGUUCAAUGCAAAGUUGGCAAAAGAUGUAAAGCAUGUAUUUCUUCUCAAAUUAGAACCAUCCAUUAAAGGAAAUAAUUUUAUUAACUUCAUUCCAUCUAUAUUAGACGUGAUGGACUUUGUCGAUAUCGAUCCUUGUCUGUAGACCACUGAAAUAUCUAAUCAAUAUAGUGGAAUUUUGCAUGUCACGCAAGGCAUUGACUGAACAGUAACUGCUGGCUAUUGUAACAGAUUUCAGUUAUACAUUUCUACCGCCUUGUCCAGUAUUCAACAGAAUCCAACAUCUUUCAACCAUUAGUACGCAUGAUUUGUAGUACUUUUCUAGUAUCAUUAAAUAGCCAACAUUUGGUAAAUUCCCACAUUGUGUGUAGGCAGCACACCAUUUAGCCAUGAAAUAGGUUCUGUAUUAAACUUAUUAGAUUUCAUGCCUAUUAAAAAAAGAUUCUAAUUUCAAAAAUAGAGACAGACACUAAUGAGAUUUGUAAGAGGAAAGGUGGGGGGUGGGGGGAGGGGAGUAACCCCUAGCUGAUUGAUUCAAUGAAAAGGAAAACAAAACAACAAUAAAUCUCAAAUUAGUAUCUGUCUAUGUGAGAGCAAGCAAUUUAUAUUAAG